AUGGAGCUUCGCCAGGGUAUUGACUUUGCCACUCGUAAGAUCGCCAAGUUGCUGAAGCCACAGAAAGUGAUUGAGCAAAAUGGGAAUUCUUUUACCAUCCACACAUACAGCAGCCUGAGGAACUACCUUGUUACGUUUACAGUUGGAGAAGAAUUCGAGGAAGAGAAUAAAGGCCUGGAUAACAGAAAAUGCAAGAGCCUGGUCACCUGGGACAGUGACAAACUCACCUGCGUCCAGAAGGGGGAAAAGAAGAACAGAGGCUGGACCCAUUGGAUCGAAGGGGACAAACUCCACCUGGAAAUGUUCUGUGAAGGCCAAGUGUGCAAACAGACUUUCCAGAGAGCCUGA